UGCAGGGUGUGAACUAAUAGAGAAAGGGAAGACCUCCUGAAGGCUGAAGCAAAGUUUGCAAGAUGAGCAAUACCAGCACCGCAUGCACAUAUAUAUGCAGUGCUACUUUGGUGCAAUACAUCGACUUCCAACAUGGAUCUCCUUCUAGUCCUAGCACUUGCUACAGUUGCAUCUGCGGCUCCUCAGGGGUACAGCCUGCGCAAGCCCUCUGGCCCUUCCUUUAAUGCUGGCAGUUGUGGCAAGGGACAAGUGCGACACGUGGAUGGAAGCUGCGUCACACCUGAAGUGAGCAGACGUGUGUUUUUGUAUGAUGUGCCACCCAAUGAAGCCGCUGUCGGUCGGCCAAAGCAAAUUCCAAAGCCUAAACUGCAACGCAAUGUGAUAUUUGUUAGACUUCCUGACGGUGCUCAGGGGCCAGACCCAAUCGUUGUUCCACCGCCAAGACAGCAGCACGUCUUGUUCGUCCUUAACAAGCAGUCGCAACAGAAUCAGCAGGUGAUUGAGGUGCCAGCACCUCCGCUAUCCAACCCCGAAGUGUUCUUCGUCAACUACGCUGCAGGAGAGAACCCGACACUUCCCAGUGGAGUAGAUCUUCAAACGGCGUUAAGUUCUGCUUCUCAAGGCAGUGGCCGAGUUGUUGGUGGUGGAGGUGCAGGAGGAGGAAUCGGAGGUGGUUUUGGAGGCGGAAUCGGAGUAGGGAAAGGAGGCGGGAUCGGUGGUGGUUUUGGAGUUGGUAUCGGAGGCGGGUUUGGAGGUGGCAGCGGAGGAGGUAUUGGAAGUGGAAUCGGUGGCGGUUUUGGAGGUGGUUUUGGAGGAGGUAUUGGAGGUGGAAUUGGUGGUGUCGUUGGAGGUGGAAGUGGAGGUGGUAUCGGGGAUGGGAAAUACAGGCCUCCUUCUCGUCUCUACAGUCGGCCGUAAAAAGUAAAGCAUCGUUACUUUUCACGCUCUAGCUUAUUUAAAUAAUUAUAAGUCUGAUGUGAACACGUCAUUCCUUUACUGUUACAAUAUAUUCAAUGAUGAUUAAAGAAUAUUAAAGAGA